AUGACCGACGUGGUCGGGGACUGGCAUCAUUUUAAUGGUCGCCAGGUCAAGCGGAAGCGAGCAGAGGUAGUCUGCGUCUUCUGCCACUCCAAGAAGAUAAAAUGCGACUUGCAGAGUCGGAAUGCCCACGGCCACGAGAAAUGUUCCAACUGCGACAAUCCAGACCGCGAAUGUCGACUUCGCCCGUCGAAUCGUGGCAAGAGGCGCUACAGCAGCACGGCCUACGACGGGCGUCGUGAUCGCGAGCGCCCAAGAAGGGCCAUUUCUCCGUCGUCAAGUACAUGUGCCUCGUCCGGUAUCAACGCCGUCCAGGAAGCCCGAGAAAAGAAUGCCGGCCUUCCUUCACCCGACAAUACCACCGUCCUGGACGUAAUCGAGCUGCCGCCCUCUAACCAACAACCACAAGCCAUGCCAUCCCCCAAUGGUGUCGCCGUCUCGGGCCCCGUUCACCGCACCGCUGUCAUACAGGGCGUACCCGACUCUUCUCACGCGCAUGUACCUCAUGGACCCUGCCCACCAGUUUCAGGUACAUCCCCCAGCGAAGGCCAAGGCCGCAGUCACCUCGGCGACGUAGACACGGGAUUUCUCCAAGUGUACGGUCCAGAGAACCAGCUGUACGCCGACCAAACCGAACUCGAAGCCACUCUCGAGGCGAGGCGGCGCUUUUCGCACCCUCACCAACAAGAGUUGCUGCAAAGCUUCGCCGAGACGUACUGGGAGUACUGCUACGCGUGGUGUCCGGUCCUCGACAGAGACACCUUACCCGAGGAGCUGGCGCGGUCGCCUCUCCUUGCCAACGCGCUCGCCUUAGCCGCGAGCCAUAUUCAGCCGCCGUUGGUGCGUCAUGCAGGUCCGGAAACGUACUAUAAGCGGGCCAGGAACAUAUUUUAUAACGAUGAAGAGGUUGACGGCUUGAUGACGCUCAAGGCGUUGGCUCUCUUCUAUUGGUGGGCCCCGAAGCCGCCCGCGACGGUUCAUCGGCAUGCGUCUUGGUAUUGGACUUCCAUGAUAAUACGCCACGCACAGCAGAUGAACAUCCAUCGGGAACCCGGCCUAAACCAUCCCCUACGAGGUAAACUGAAUAUUAGUCUCCGCCGAAGGAUUUGGUGGACUGCAUUUGCCCGCGAACGUCUCACAGCCCUAUGCCAAAGCAAGCCGUGCAUCAUCGACCCGGACGACUGUAACAUCGAGGAACCCCAACCGUCAGAUUUCGCCAGCGAUCCCAUCUCCCAGCACAAGGGCAAGAUUUUUAUCUAUUGGGUCCGGCUCUGCGCCAUUAUCGGCAAAGUCGCCAAAGUGCUCUCACGGACAUCUCACCUGGCAACCCAGCCCUUCCCCGUCCAUCUGCACCAAGAACUAGUCGACUGGGUCCACUCUCUGCCGCCUGAGCUCCAGCUCCCCAUCGGCUCCGGACGCACCGCCUCAUUCGACCGAGACGUCCACCAACUGCACCUCCCAUACCUCACCACCAUCAUCAUCUUGCACUUAAAGAGGUCCGCCAAUGACCUGCCGCAGGCCCUCCCGCCGGCCAUCUUAGCGGCGUCCUGCAUUGCGAGGAUAUUGAGGGAUAUUCUGUCGCGGGGGAACGCGCGGUUUUUGAUGGCCAUCACUUGUUGGUAUAGCGGUACGGCGUUCAUCCCUUUGCUCCAGGCGUGCAAGAUUGAGCAGUUUGCCCAGGAGGCAGAGGAGGGGCUGGAUGUCUUGGAGUGCGCCAUGGACCAGCUGAAGAGCAUGUGGGCGUCGGCUCAUAUCAUCAGCACGGGAUUCGAGCGUCUCAGGAAAUUGUCCCCGGACAACGUUAUGAAUGAGAAUGGUGCUGGUAUCGGAGGAGGGAGGGGGAUCCCGCCCACGCAAUCUGGAGUCAACUUUGAACCAGCUGUAGCCAGCCAUGCCCAGGGCGAACCCGAGGUGUCGACAAUGGCCGCUCACGUCGGCGAGUUUGACUGGACGCUUCUCUUUCCGUUCGUCACUCGCUCGACGAGUCGUAUUGCCGAAUGUCUUCUUGCUGACAAGGAGCAAGGGGCUGCUACGAGAUGCCUCCUCCCUCUUCCCGAAGACUAUCUCUUCCACGAGACUUUAUUGACGCAGUAUCAGGAUCUUCUUAACUUUAGCGCUGAGUAUCCCCUUGACUUUUCGGACAUGAACUUUUCGUUAUGA